CGAUACUCCAGUGGCGUGGACUCCUCAACUUUGGAUGAGCAGCUCCACGAUAAAAUUGCUCCUUAUUUCUUUUUAACAUAUACGUCAGGAGAAAAGUCUGAAUAGAACAUUUUGCUUUACUGAUGCCUGACAUCGGUUUACGGUGGCAGACAUACUGAGCGCAGCGUCUUUGUCUAGAUGAAAUUCGCCAUGCUUUGAUCUGUUUCUCCUGCCUUGUGGUGGCUUUGGAAUUUGUUCCUAUUCCCAAUUCCUUGGGACACAGAUGGUGAUUUAGAGCCCCGGAAUGAGGGAAGUGCUGUGCCCUGCAAAUCUCUAAUCUGGUGGCAGAUGGCUACCAUGGCCUUGUGGGUACUACUGAGGGAUGGGACUACUCAGGGUUUGUAGGUACUAAGCAGGUACUAGGAAGAAUGAUAGAAGCAUAUACUUUAGUAUUACCAUACUGGCAUCUGUAGAACUGAUACGCCUUUCCAGUUCUUCAUCUCUCCAGGUCAUUCACUGAACAGGAGCCAUGCGGGGCCAGCGGAGCCUGCUUCUGGGCCCAGCCCGUCUCUGCCUGCGCCUCCUUCUGCUCUUAGGCUACAGGCGCCGCUGCCCACCUCUGCUACGGGGCCUGGUACAGCGUUGGCGCUAUGGCAAAGUUUGCCUGCGCUCCCUGCUCUACAACUCCUUUGGGGGCAGUGAUACUGCUGUUGAUGCUGCCUUUGAACCUGUCUACUGGCUGGUGGACAAUGUGAUCCGCUGGUUUGGGGUGGUGUUCGUGAUACUGGUGAUAGUACUGACUGGCUCCAUCGUGGCCAUUGCUUACCUCUGUGUCCUGCCCCUCAUCCUCCGAACCUACUCAGUGCCACGACUCUGUUGGCAUUUCUUCUAUAGUCACUGGAAUCUGAUCCUCAUCGUCUUCCAUUACUACCAGGCCAUCACCACUCCUCCUGGGUACCUACCUCAGGGCAGGAAUGACAUUACCACCGUCUCCAUCUGUAAGAAGUGCAUUUACCCCAAGCCAGCCCGAACACACCACUGCAGCAUAUGUAAUAGGUGUGUGCUGAAGAUGGAUCAUCACUGCCCCUGGCUAAACAACUGUGUAGGCCAUUAUAACCAUCGCUAUUUCUUCUCUUUCUGCUUUUUCAUGACUCUGGGCUGUGUCUACUGUAGCUACGGAAGUUGGGACCUUUUCCGGGAGGCUUAUGCUGCCAUCGAGAAAAUGAAACAGCUUGACAAGAACAAACUACAGGCGGUUGCCAACCAGACUUACCACCAGACCCCACCACCUACCUUUUCCUUUCGCGAAAGGAUAACUCACAAGAGUCUUGUCUACCUCUGGUUCCUGUGCAGUUCUGUGGCACUGGCCCUAGGUGCCCUAACCAUGUGGCAUGCUGUUCUCAUCAGUCGAGGUGAGACUAGCAUUGAAAGGCACAUCAACAAGAAGGAGAGACGUCGGUUACAAGCCAAGGGCAGAGUGAGUGGGGUGGAGUGCUUGGGUGAGCAGGUAUUUAGGAAUCCUUACAACUACGGCUGCUUGGAGAACUGGAAGGUGUUCCUAGGUGUGGACACAGGAAGGCAUUGGCUGACCCGGGUGCUGUUACCUUCUAGUCACUUACCCCAUGGGAAUGGAAUGAGCUGGGACCCCCCUCCCUGGGUGACUGCUCACUCAGCCUCUGUGAUGGCAGUGUGAGCCAUUGUGUCAGCUGCAACCUAAUCAUUUGUUCUGCUGCCUGUGUUGUCUCAAGAGCUUCCAAGGGCAGCCUUUCUUGAAGUUUGUGACCAUAAAGAGCCAUUAGGCCUGCCUUAGAGUACUACACAGGGACAACUUCUCAAAGACCAAUUUUCUGGCCACCUCAAAAGACAAUGUAGAGAACUCCUAGGACUGAUGUCCCUUUACUCAGGCCAACAGAAGUUCCAGCCGCAGUGUAGAGGUCAGGCAACUAGUUACCUUGUCUGGUGCUGACCCUGAUGUUCUCUAGGUCACAGCACUGGGGCUAACAACCAUCUCUUUCACCUUGGAAAAAGACCUACUAGGUAUGUUGAGUGGUUUCUCAAUGGAGAAAAGACACCAAGCCUGCUGCCAAGGUCACUGCCAUUUCUCAUGCUAUUGAAGGGAGCAAAAAUAAAGGCACUUGAUUUGUAAA